AUGUUAGUGAAGAAUCUUUUAGCAGUUGCUAGUUUAAUAUCAACGGUUAUUGCAUCGGAAGGAACUGCCGAUCUUUCAGUUACUGCUUGUAAAACUCUUUUCAAAAAAGUUUUAUAUUUCGAAGAAACUGAUGCAAAAGCUUUUUGUAAUGUUGAUAACCAACCAGCUUUAGGAUCUAUGGCUCAUUGCUUGAAAUUGUCGCCUCAUCCAAAAGCCAUUGAAACUUUUUUAAAAGAUUGUUCAUCUUUUGGUUUAACUGAAAAAGAUUUCAAUCAGGCUUAUGAUAAUGCCACCGAUUACUUAGUUUCCAAUUUCACUGCUGAUCCUGAUUUCAAUGCCACCCAAAUCUAUACCAAGCCAAUUGGUUUGAAAAAGGCAAAAGUUGAUGCUGGUUAUAGAUCUGCCGUUGACCGGUUUUAUAAUUAUAAUUGGUCCACUUGGUUUGGUACUGCUUUAAUUGGAUAUUGGUUUUUCAUUGUUUUGGUUGCUGGGUUUUGCAACCUUCUUUACUUCAUUGCUCCUGCUUUUGUUAAAAGUUUAAACUAUGGGUUUAUAAAUUUUUUCAGAAAGUACAUUUCGUUACCGGCAACUGGUAGAUCGAAACAUCUUGAACAUAAAUCUUUCUUAAGAAUUUUCCAAUGGAUUGCUCCAACUAGAUUGGAAACCAUUUUAAUCUGUGGUUGGUUAAUUAUGGCUUUAGUUUUCCAAAUUGUUCAUAUUAAUUUUAUUCAACCGGAUUUAUUUUGGAUUGAUCGUGGUACUGGUGUUGGUCGUAAACUUGCUGAUCGUACUGGGGUUAUUUCUCUUUUCCUUAUGCCUGAAUUGAUUUUAUUUGCCGGUAGAAAUAAUUUCCUUCAAUGGAUUAGUGGUUGGUCUUAUUCAAGAUUUAGUUUGUUACAUCGUUGGAUUAGUAGAGCUUGUACUAUUUUAGUCAUUAUUCAUGCUGUUGGAAUGACUUAUAAUGGUAAAGGUUUAGGGAAAUAUGAGACCCGUAAUGCUAAACCUUAUGUUCAAUGGGGGUUUGUUGCCACCAUUUGUGCUUGUAUUAUGUGUUUCCAAUCAUUAUUAGUUUUCCGUAAGAAAAAUUAUGAAUUGUUUUUAUUAAUUCAUAUAAUUAUGGCUAUUUUCUUUGUUGUUGGUGUUUGGCAUCAUGCUGGUAGUGCCGAUCAAGGUUAUAUUCAAUGGUCUUAUGCUUCAGUUGCAAUCUGGGCUUUUGAUCGUUUUGUUAGAAUAUUACGUUUAAUUUCAUUUGGGGUUAAAAAGGCAAAUGUUACUUUAAUCGCCGAUGAAACUUUAAAAGUUAUUGUUCCAAAACCAUCUCAUUGGAAAUCAUUCCCUGGUUGUCAUGCAUUCAUUCAUUUCUUGAAGCCAACUUGUUUCUGGCAAUCUCAUCCUUUCACAAUUGUUAAUUCUCAUCUGGAAGAUAAUACCAUUAUUUUUUACUUAAAGGUUAAAGGUGGUAUGACUCACGGUUUAUACCAAUAUUUGAGUAAUCAACCCGAUAACAAAGCCAUGAUCAACGUGAUGAUCGAAGGUCCUUAUGGUAAUAGAUUACCAACCCGCAAAUUCGAUACUAACAUCUUGUUAGCUGGUGGUAAUGGUAUUCCUGGAUUAUAUUCGGAAAUCAGUGAUUUAUCCAAAACUAAUAGUCAUACUAAAUUAUACUGGAUCAUCCGUCAUUAUAAAUCCAUUGAGUGGUUCUAUGAUGAAUUGAAAGCUUUGGAAAACUUAAACGUUGAAACCAUAAUCUAUGUUACUCAACCUCACGUUGGUUUAGAUGGCCCUAUCGGGGGUUUUGCAACCGGUCCAAUCGGGGGCGGCGAAGUCGACGCCGAUGACAUCGAUGAAGUUAAAAACGAAAAAUCAGAUGCCUCCGCCAGCGAAGACGACGACUUGUCUAACGACCACAUCCUUCAGUUGAAACAAAACUUGAACCACAUCGAAUUCAGAGAAGGUAGACCACUUGUCGAUGAUUUAGUCAAAUCAGAAAUCUCGCAGGCCAAUUCCAGCAUCGCUUUUGUUACUUGUGCUCACGCCAACUUGGUAGAUUCUACACGUAAAUCUAUUGCCAACAACUUGUCAACUGAGAAGAGAGUUGAAUUAUUCGAAUCUAACCAAGCCUGGUAA